AUGUCGAAGCCGCGUGCGUCACCGACACCCAAUGCGCGAUAUCGAGUGAAAGCGCCGGAGGUACCGAUUCCGAAACGCCAGGUCCCCCUUUCACAGCAACAAGCACAGGCACCAUCAGGGCCAUCCCUCUCCCGACAAAGGCGUCUUCCGUUCUCACACCUCUUGACGAGCCUCCGCCAACGCUUCAGCGCACUCCCCACACCCAUCCGACGCGCCGGCCGCACUCUUCGCUGGCUGACCCCACUGGUCCCAAUUGCCCUCUAUUUUCCCGAACAUGUCAUGCAAGUGAUGUGGGUGCGCGGCCCAUCAAUGACACCUUGCUUAAAUGAAGACUACGAACAAUCCCAAACGAAGAGCGACAUAGUACUGGUCAGCAUGUGGCCAUGGGGAUCUAUAAUCCCAUUCCUUAAAGAGCCGAGGCUUGAGCGUGGAAUGAUCGUUACUUUCCGCUCCCCUGCGAACCCCUCUCAUAUUGCGAUCAAGCGCAUUGUCGGACUACCCGGUGAUCGUGUUACGACGCGAGAGCCAUGCAUGCGUCCGACGCAGAUUGUCCCUUGGAAUCAUGUCUGGUUGGAGGGUGAUGCUGAGAACCCGCGCAAGACGAUGGAUAGCAAUACAUAUGGGCCUGUCAGUCUAAGUCUUGUGACUGGGCGGGUAUGGGCAGUUUUGGGGCCGCGUAUGCGUUGGCUGGAUUGGAAGGAUUGGGAAAGCGAAACGGGGGACGCUAUCGAUAUACACCGAAGGAGCGUAAGAGACCGUGUGGUUAAAGAUGCUGUUCAGCUGGAGCAGCCUUUUUUGAAUUGA